AUGGGAGAUGCCAGAGGGGACCCGGCAGCUCCCUGCAAGGGGGUGGCGCGCAUGUGCGUGUGUCUUAGCACGCGCGUGCAGACUGAAAAGGAGCUCGCGGCACAAUUCCCAAGGCCCACCUCAGCAGGAGCCCCCCAGACGGCAGGAGCCUGGAGUUAUGCCGGACACUGGGGGAAGAGGAGCUGCUGGACUGACGAUGGCCAGGGAGGGCCCCAACCUCGGCUCAGCGCAGCACCCAGCCCAGCCCCCAUCAAGACCCCUGGGGCCCGCCAUGCUCCAUCACGGAGGGGCCCCAGACACUGUGGGAAGUGUGGAUCUUGCUUCCGGUGUGCCGUCUGUUGGUCUGGCCUCUCGGGGCCUCCAUUCCCAGCCCCCACCUCGGGUGGACCUCCGGAGCCCAGGAGCUCGGCCUGCUGGCCGGGACCCCAGGAAGACCGCCGCAGGAGCUGGCAUUUCUCCAAGCCUGGCACGGUGAGCCCCCCAGGCCAGAAGGUUGAUUUCUCCGUGCUCUCUUAGUGCCAGGAAGGGGCUGCCCCCGAUCUCUCUGCUUGAGAGUCACUGAACUAUGUAUGUGUGUGCAUGUACAUAGAUGCAUGUGUGUGUAUACAUAAAAUAAACAGGCCUUGGGGCCUAAAGUUCUGUCUGAAAGGGAAUCAGAAAAACUCAGCCCUGGAGGGGUCUCGGAGCUAGGGUACAGACCAGGGAAGAAAAGGUUGUCCUGUACAGAACUGAGAUUAAAAAAAAAAAAAAAAAAAUAGCUGUUCUGACUCCCUGAUGCCUGGGCUGGGAGGCCGGGGCUGGAACGGUGGGGUUCCUCCCAACCGGUGGAUAGGGAGCGGUCCAGCCUGGGUGGGGUCUCCUUCUGGGAGACACUGCGUUAGACCGGAAACCCAAAUAGAAGGGCUGGUCUGGUCAGGUCCCUGCCUCUGAAGAUCUGGGGCAGAGCGCUGGGCUGCUGCGGGUCCGCAGCUCACAGAGGACGUUGGGCCCUGCUCCUCCAGCUCACACAGGCGGCUACGGUGAACUGCGCCGGUGCGGCCACCCAGGCUCCUGGGGCUUACCGCAGAGUGCGUACAAACGGCCAGAAGGAACAGAACUAACUCCACCUCCCCCUGGCAGCCAGUGACGUGUGCUUUCCCCCAAGUCCCGUAACUCCACCGCGGACAGCACCUUGCUCACGCUUGGUGGCAGGCCUGCUCUCAGCCCCCCACAACCUCAGAGCCAGCACGCUCUGGCCCCGCCCUCCCCUCCUGGGGCACAGGCCUAGAGAUGGUUUACAGGACCUUCUGCUCACUCCCAGUGACCAGCCUUUCCACUGACUUGCGAGUUCAGUCCUUGUUCUCUGGGUCUGUAGUGCCUCUUGUUGGGAAGGUAACAGAGACCCAGAGUAAGGAGUUGUGCUGGUGGGACAUGACCCUCCCUCCUGGUCCC